UCCGUUUUCUCAGCUACCAACAGAAUUUAGAGGAUGGAGUUGGAGCAAGAACUCGAGUGGAAUGAAGCGCAAAACAUUGAGAUAAGUGUGGACCUUGUAGCAGCAGCCAAACGGCAGCUUCAGUUCCUUGCCACUGUUGAUAGGAAUCGUUACCUCUAUGAUGGCCCUGCCCUUGAGAGGGCCAUCUACAGGUAUAAUGCUUGUUGGCUUCCCUUGCUUGCCCAACAUUCUGAGUCCCAGAUUUCUGAGGGCCCUUUGGUUGUUCCUCUCGAUUGUGAAUGGGUUUGGCAUUGCCACAGGCUUAAUCCAGUACAAUACAAAUCUGACUGUGAGAAACUUUAUGGAAGAAUCCUCGACAGCUCUAAUGUUUUGUCUUCCGUUCAAGGCACUUGUCAGAGGCAAACUGAAGAAAUAUGGAAUACACUGUAUCCAGAAGAGCCUUACAACUUCAACCUAACUAGAGCAUUCUCAGAACAUAUCUCUGAGACACUUCCUGGCAUUGAAAAAUACACUCAAUAUGAUCUGGUUUCAGCAGCUGAAAGACAGAGUCCUUUCUUUUACCAGGUAUCCAGACCCCAUAUGAGCAAUGAUCACUUUCUUGAAGGAGCUGUGGCUAGAUAUAAAGGAUUUUUGCAUCUAAUUAAGAGAAACAAGGAGAAGUUCAUAAGACGUUUUUGUGUCCCUACAUACGAUAUUGACCUCAUCUGGCACGCUCACCUGUUGCACCCUGUUGAUUAUUUUAAAGAUCUCAGUGAAGUGCUUGGAAAGGUUCUGGAGCAUGAUGAUAUGGACUCAGACAGAACCGAAGGGAAGAAGCUGGAUGUUGGGUUUUCUGGAACUAGCAAGCAGUGGGAAGAGACAUUUGGUAGAAGGUACUGGAGAGCUGGGGCAAUGUAUAGGGGCAGUGCCCCAUCUCCUCUCACAACCACUCCUGUCUUCUUAUCCGACAUGAUUGGCAAGGAGGUAGUUGCAUCAAACGAGUUUCAGAAACUAAUUCAGCUCCCACAGCUGAAGGUUGUGGAGGUGCUUUUGGAGUUUGUUGGAGUUAAGAACUUGAGGAUCAUUUUCUCUUCACAAUUCAUCUCCUUUUAUAGGAGAAAUUAUGGGGGACAAAUUGCCACCAUUCUUGACCAAGAUGGCCUUCAAUUCGGUGCAGCAUUUGUUGAUCAAUCUUUGCUGCAGAAUUCGGUGGAUGGUUGGUGCCUAAUACAACCAAGAAAGAAAACGGUGCAUGUGCAGCCCUUCAUACUUGGGUUGAUUCAACAAGAACUUGCCAGAAGGGCAAACAAAGGAAGUCUUUUCGUCUCAUUUUGUAAGAAACAAGCUGAUACAAUCUUUAAAGGGAAUCGGAACUUGAGUAUUUUGUCCGAGUCCGGAGAGAAACAGGUUGCUUUUUUUCAAUGUGAACCGACAGGAGAGCUACUCUUCCAACUCAAAUCCCAUUCAACUUCCAACUUACCGCUAAAAAGGACUCCAAAAGUAUUGGGUUCUACUUCACUCUUUCUGCAAGACUUUCUGGCCCCAGUCUCUGAACUUUCAGUUGAAAAAUGGUUGGAGUUGGUGCCAAGUUCUAGCAGUGUGAUCUCAAAACCAAUUGGCCUUCGAGUUGCUGUCUCUUUCACUGUUCCAUCUCCAGCACCACAUGUGCUUCGAAUGGUUUGUUCUCAACGGUUUCCAAAAAGUUCUUGUUUCUUCCCCCUCCCCGGAAAGGUUCGACAUGCCAAGAGCAUGGUGCAUGUCAUUGAUGAAACUGGUGCAGAGCUGCUCAGCCUCCAAAUGAGGGACUUAAGGAAGGACAAGGCAAAAGAAAAUUGCAUCCUUAGUAAGGAGGUAAUUGGUAUCAUGGCUUCUGGAGAAAGACGCACUCUUGCUGACUUUGUUGGGACUGGGUGGUUUUUGAUGGAUUCCCAUUGGUCCCUUCAUUUUCGAAAAAAUUCUGGCCAUGAUGGCCAUCUCUUUGAGCUUUCUGGCAAUAGAAUGGUAAAAUUUUUCCCUGGAAGAAAGCUGGGGUAUGAGCCCAAUCGUUGUGUGAAACAUAGAAGUGAAAAGGACUUUAUGACGGCAGUUGAUUUCUCUAUGGAAGACCCAUAUGGCAAGGAAGUGGCACUACUCGACUUGAAAUCUGGAAUUUUCAAUGUAAAGGAAGAAUGGAUGGUGGUGCCUGGAAUCACAGCUGCAUUUAUACUUGCUGAUGUUUUUAAGAAGGGGGGAUAUGAUGGAUUCGCUGUGAAUUGCAAAAACAUGGAGAUGGAAAGUCUAGCUGAAGAAGCAAAUGUGGAUAUCAAUGCUGCAAUAUCUGAAAAUGGCAAUUUGUCUGGUGGAGGUUGCGGUGGAAAGUGCGGUAGUAGCUGUGGAAAUGCCUUGAAAAUAUUUGAAAAUGACAAUUUAUCUGGUGGAAAGUGUGGUAGCAGCUGUGGAAAUGCCUUCAAGAGUGGUGGCUGUGGUGGUAGUGGAUGUAGAAACAUGGUUAAGAGCAGCGGGUGUGGGAACAUGGUGAUGAGCGGAGGCUGUGGUGGGUGUGGCGGUAGCUUUGAAAACAUAUCAAAGAGUGGUGGUGGCUGUGGCACUAAAUCUGAUCACUCCUGCGCUGAAGAACAUUCAAAGGAAGCAACCUUCUAGCAAGACGGUAGCCGUUUGAUGUUUGUAUGUAUCAGGGAAGAUCAGCAACAAGUUCAAUCUAAAUAAAGUUCCUACCUGCCUAUAACUUGUUAUGCAGUACUGUUUGUUGCACCAAGUACAGCUAGGAGCUAGCAAUCUUAUGAAGUUGUCUUGUGAAUAAUGUAUCUGGUGAAUAAAUAGCUUGAUCUUCAUAAUCA